CAUCAAACUCGAAUCAUCUCGAUUCGACUGCCUGACUACGUUCACUUCUUUCUCGGUUUCUCUUCGCUCGGCACGUUCCCUUUGGCUUGGGCAACGAUUUUGGUCGGCAGACAAUUAUCGUACUAAUUCGAUCCUCUUGGACCAAAGCUCAAGACAUUUGUAACGAUCUUGCUUUGUAAAGACAAAGUACUCUCCCUCCCAAAAAAUGGCAAAUACUACGGUAGUACCUGGUGCAUUGGCUCAAGAAAAAAUAUGGUUCGAAAAGCCGUCCUAUGACAAAGCAGAACGGAAAUACUUUGAGAAGAAGGCCAUGGAUAAAAAAAUGCUUGGAAUAUUUUCGAAAGGUGAUGUCUCGUAAGAGUGCGGAAGACUGCGCACUUAAGUCCGAUGAUUCUACAACUGCUAAAUGCCAAGAUGUAAUCAGUACUAACAUGCUGAAAUCUAAAGCUGAAAAAUCGAAAGAUAAUAAACUGGUUCUUGAGAAUGAGUCGAAUAUAUCAAAUACGAAACGUUCCAAGUGCCAAGGGAAAGUAAAAAUGAAUAAAGAAGCUGUUGACGUAUGUAAUAUGCAGAAUAAGGAAAACGUAAAAGUAUGCGAAAGGUCCGAUAGCGCGAAAGAUAAUGCAAAAGAGAAGGGAGGCGCUUCUCCAAGUGAGAAAUCUAAAAAGUAUAAUGCAAAGGAAGCUAAAGAAAAAAGAAACAAGGAAGAUACUAGAAAUAAAAAUCGAGGGAAUGAAGGAAAUGAUAUCGAAAGAAAUAAAGAAAUUGUGAUGCCUUUCGUGAGGAGUAAAGAACAAUUGCCCGAACAGGGAACUCAACAGUCCACUUGUCCAAUCUUACCUGCUGUUGGAAGUUUGGCCAACGAGGUCGCCAAGGCUCGACAGCAUAUUAAACAGUCUUUACAGUGUGUGGACGACAUUGCAAGAAUCGCUAAUAUCGCGAAUCAAGAUAUGGAGAUUACAUCGCGUAUUAUGAAUCUUGAAAGAGAAAAUCAGCAAUUGAAGAACAUGUUUCAGGAGAUGACCAUCCGGUUUGACCCAUGGAUGAAAUACAUGGAAAAUAUUAAAAAACUGGAAACACGUCUGGAAUCUCUUGAAUUACGCAUACGUAACGUCCAAACUGUUCCUCAGAAAUCUGAAAUAUCAAAGCAGAAUGAAGAAGAGGAGGAAGAAGAUGACGAUGACAGUGAAGAUAUUGAUUUGUUCGGUUCAGAUUCAGAGGAAGAGGACGCGGAGGUUACUAAGGUUAGAGAAGAACGACUCGCCGCGUACGCUGCCAAGAAAUCCAAAAAACCAGCUCUGAUAGCUAAAUCCAACAUCAUUUUGGAUGUGAAGCCGUGGGACGACGAGACGGAUAUGAAAGAAAUGGAGAAAGCGGUACGAAAGAUCGAGACCGAUGGUCUCCUCUGGGGUGCCUCUAAACUCGUGCCGCUCGCCUUUGGCAUUCACAAACUACAAAUCUCGUGUGUCGUGGAAGAUGACAAAGUGUCGGUGGACUGGUUGACCGAACGGAUUCAAGAUAUCGAGGAUUAUGUGCAGAGCGUCGAUAUCGCAGCUUUCAACAAAGUAUAAAAAAUUUGAAGCAAGGUUUAGGAAAAGUGCGUGGCAUAAAUUGAAAAUAAGCAUGGGUUGUGUGCCAUUUCUGCAUUCCAUUAGCAGUAUGUGUAAUCGAAAAUUCAUCGCAUGCGCAUCUUUACUUUAUUCAGUUCAAAGAUGAAGGUAAAGAUAUAUUAGAAAAAUUCGAUAUUACGGUGUACCAGAUCAAAUUAUUGGUAAAAGUUUUAAAAUACUUAAUCCACCUAAUAUAUAUAUACACAUGUAUCAAAUCUUAUUAAAAAGAAACUAGAAAUAUUUAUUGUACAAUAGUGCAGAGAUCUUUAUCUGUAUUUUGUCGAACGUUGAUAUUAAAAGAACUCGCACCAAAAAAAUCAUGUCUUUCGACAUUUAUAAUUAUAAAUUUCUCAUGGAUAUCGAUAUUAAUAUUAAUAAUAUGUACUAAUAAAGUGUAUACAAUCC